GGAUUCUUCAAUAAUAUUUUGCCUUCUUAAUUCUUAUUACUGCCCUUCUGUCACGCGUAUUUGAAGGGCGUCUGUCCAUACACCAGUAUUUUGCAAAAUUUUAUUUUUGAUUGUCUUCUAAGUGUGCAGGAUGGCGGAUAAGGAGAACCAUACCAACGGCGUCGCGGAUGAGGAUAAACCGGCGCGCUUCGGCAGUUACAAUGUCCACAGCAGUGCGGCCAAGGUGGAGGGAAAAAUCUACAAGGAUUAUCUGCAUCUGGAUGGACUGUUGUCGAAUGUCGAUAUGAUGAGUGCCGUGAAUUUGAAGCCCGUACAUGACGAGCAUCUUUUCAUCAUUAUCCAUCAGACAUACGAAUUGUGGUUCAAGCAGAUCAUCUGGGAGAUGGACUCGGUGCGGCGCACCCUCAACGUGGACGUCGUGGGCGAGCGCAGUAUGCUGACCAUUCUGCAGCGGAUGAACCGGGUGGCGCUCAUCUGGAAGAUUUGCGUCGAACAGUUCGCCGUGCUGGAGACGAUGACGCCGUUGGAUUUCAUGGAGUUCCGCGGCUUCCUGGCGCCGGGUAGCGGCUUCCAGAGCUUGCAGUUUCGCAUCAUCGAGAACAAAUUAGGCCAGAAAAUGGAGAACCGCGUCAACCAGCACACCAUCAUCCAGUCCUUCCAGGAUCCGGAUUCCCAGUCCCAACUGCAGGUCUCCCUGACCGAGCCCUCCCUCUGCGAUUUGGUUAUCCGCUGGCUGGAACGGACACCCGGUCUGGAGGAGGACGGCUUCAACUUCCCGCAGCGGUACGCAGCCGCCGUGCGCCGCUACCUGGCCGACGAGGAAGCGGUGCUACAGACCGAAGAGGAUCCCGAGCAGCGCAAGUCAGCAGAGGCCGAGUGGAAGAAGCAGGUGGAGACGUUUGACGUCCUGGUCAACGAGCGGGCCUACAAUGUGGAGCGACAGUUGAAUAAGCGCCGUAUGACGUACAAGGCCUUUAUGGGGGCUUUGAUGGUCAGCUGCUACAGUUCGCAGGAGCGCUUCCACCUACCGCAUCAGUUUUUAACGAUCCUCAUGGAUAUCGAUAGCCUGAUGACAAAGUGGCGCUACAACCACGUCAUGUUGGCGCAGCGGAUGUUGGGCAGCAAGACCGGGACCGGGGGCUCCUCGGGUUACCUGUACCUGCGCUCCACCAUCAGCGACCGCUACAAGGUCUUCCUGGAUCUGUUCAACAUCUCCUCCUUUAUCAUUCCGCGCCACUACAUCCCGCCGCUCACCGACCACAUGUCGUCGCAGCUCAGUGCGCAUGAGACACUGCGCCUGUCGGUGUCCGAUGCCAAGUGAAUGACGCAUGGAUGGAAAUGGAUUAAUUGUGCGGUGAAAGGUCGCGGGUCUAUGUAGUUUGUACGUACGUGUUGCGUGCACCCCAUUGGCUGAUUAUUUUCUUAGCAAGUACUGUAUUUCAAACACAGCGAUUUUCAGUCUACCUUAUUGAUUAAAUAAAUGUUUUUAGUUAUUCAGUUCAAUAACUUAUUCCGAACAUUUUUGUACGUACGAGUUACAAGUAUAACUAAUUACUUGAUUGCCAAUAGCCAAUAGGCAAUACAUAUACAUACAUAUAUGCUGUGUUCAAAGUAAGACUGGAAAAAUAUGUAACACACGCUUAUCAGAACGAAAAUGA